UGUCAGGGUCAGUUCAAUUUUUUUUUCAACGGGUGACACACGUGUUCGUUUAUAUUCACGCGCACAGUUUCGAGAUCUUUCAUCAGACACGGUAAUAACUGUUGAAAAAUUCAAAAUAGUUCCAUUCUAAACGAAUAUAUUGCUCCCGAACGGUUGUCAAUUGGAAUUGUCCCAUCUCCGUUACCUUCAAAUUUAUAACCACUAAAAGUUAUUGAUUCGUGUCCUGUUUGUCCUGUUAAACGAGUGUGUUCUCCCAACAGUUCAAUUCUCUUCAUUGUCACGUCAACAGGUUGUAAACCGGGAAUGCAUUUUUUAAAUGUCAUUGAAGCCAAAGAAAACUAUUAAAUAUUAAAUAACUAGGGUAGUUAGAAAUGUCAGCAAGAACGCAAUCGCCUGAUAGGCGCAUAGAGUUGUUGACGAAAAACAAUUUCGAUACGUGGAGCAUGCAGAUCGAAGCUCUUCUUACGAAAGAUGAACUGUGGGCAUAUGUCGACGGAUCGAAUAAAAUUUCAGCGGCUGAAGAUUCGGAGAGAGAAGCAUGGUUGAAACAAGACAAAAAAACCAAGGCCAGUUUAAUUUUGGCGAUAUCACCUCCGGAACUGUAUCGAGUCCGUGGCUGUGAAACCGCGCAGGAAGUUUGGUUUGCAUUGCAGCGUUCAUACGCAUACGAUGCGGUGAACCCGCCGGAGAAAAAGGCACCAUGGAUGAAAAAAGAAGAGAGCGAAAAAGACAACGAGAUAUGCAACCGAUUGUUGGUGCGAGAAGGAUCCAUCAUUAAAGUGUUCUGUCACCAUCCUGUGAAUAAAAUUCUCAUGAAUAAAAAAUUAAUCGGUUUGGAAGCAACAUUGGGUGCAGCUACUGACAGAGCUUACAAGUCAAUGAUGCUCGAUGACGUAGUGGGUCGUGAUCAAGUACGGUUAGUGACUUACCAAGAGAGCACCGGUCUCAUUCUAUCAAGCUUUGAAGGUCGAGAGGAGGAGUCGCUGAACUCGGUUCUUGGAAACAAACCAAGCCAGCUGUUGUUAGAAAUUCGUAACAACGAUGAUGUUUUCGAAUCUUAUCCACCUGACAGUCUGCCGAAGCUCGUGUACGUAAUCGACAGCACGCAGAAUCUAGUGACCCGCGGACCGAUUGUUGUCCGGGCUCGAUUGGCCCAGACAGUUCAGGAGUACAAGAAGCAAUUGGUUACUGAGCUUGACAUCGACUCAAAUGACAUUUUCCUCAUAUUCCAAUCUCAGGCCUUGUCCCCAAGAAUAAUGAUUGCUGACUCGCAUACAUUGCAGGAAGAGGGUUAUGCAAGUGCGAGUAAAAUUCUCGUCUUGAGUUCUCUAGAUUCCGGGAAAAUGUUUGAUUUAGAAUAUUUUCUCGACAUUCACAGCCUCGUCGAUCGGUUAUUACUGAUAAAUGUUAGCUUGCCAGAUUUGCCAGAUUUGCCAGAUUUGUCAGAUUCGCCAGAUUCGAAUGAAGUGGCGAAUACCGAUCAAGAGGUUUCCAAUGAAUCGGCGGAUGAGGAUUCGCCACAAAUCUAUUCCCCCGAACGGGAUCGAGAUUCUGUAGAAAUAAUUUCCAAGAUCACACGUGACGAGCAGCAGCCUGAUAAACUUCUCAGGGUGCUGUACGACAAAAAAAUGGGUCCGAGCACUCUUAAAAAGCUACUCCAAGCCUACGUUGGUGUACCCACGGAACAAUUCAUGCUGUGGGUGAUCCAAUCAGAUCCGUAUAAGUCCAGUAUAGGGUCUGACUGGACGUGGGAUCCAAACUGGUAUAAUUUAGUCGACGGCAAUACGAUCGCGGUGAAACUCAAGUCAGGCCUUGAACAGAAUCAAGAAGAAAUCGAAUCGGGCCACAAGCACGCAAAUUCAGGUCCUUUUCAUUCUCAGGAAUCAAUCGUAAAAUUUCCAAGACUCAAUGUUGACAAGAAUUUAAUGUCAAUGCGGUUUUGAACAUGCGGUGAACACGCCACGACGGAGCGGCUGUACUCGUCACCUUUUCAUCCCCACGGUGGCAGUAGAGGGUCCGCGUACUGUUUUCGGGAGGAAACAGCGAGAUUGGAAAAAUCCUAAACAAAGACAUUUCCUCGGCAGGACUCCAUGCUACAGAGACACACAAAAUGUUUGCAAUUUUUAGUCUCUUCUCUCGGAAACGUUAAUUAUUCCGAGUGUAAACAUUUUUGAGGGUAGUAGACUAUGAAAAAAUUCCGAGAUUCGAGAAUUUUGAAAUUUUUGGAAAAUCGCAAAAAUCGAAAAAAAAAUUUUUUGAAGGCAGUAGACCAUGAAAAAAUUCCGAGAUUCG